ACUCGUCCCUUUUUUAAAUGGAUUUACAUCCCUUAUGUUGAGAAAUCAAAUUUAUGAGUAAAAAAAAAGUCAGUAGGCUGACACCAACGGGUAAUUUUGAUGGCAAAAUGUCAAAAGAUUUAGGAUCCCUUUGCAAAGAACCGAAAUUCUUCUUAAAAAUCAUAGUGCUUGUAUUAUGCAUUUUGGAAACGUCCAUACUCUUCCACUACGGACUGAGUUGGUGCAUCCGAAGGUCUCCUUUAUACAUGUCGAUAUUUUGUGCCCAUGCUUACAUAUGCAUAAUGGGUGUGUACAUUUUGGCGUAUGUGUUCGAUAGCGGGCACGAGUUUACCGAAAAGUUAUUUCUAAUCAUUGGAGCUAUUAUGAGCGUCGUUACGGGAAUUGUGAUAUUCCUGGAAACGUCGGACAGAUUCAGCACGUGUUCCAAUGAUCCCGUAACAGCGCUAGGCGUAAUUACGACGGCUAGCGGUGUCGUUAUGGUUAUAGAUUACUUAAUGCAAAGGAAAUAGCAAACUAAUAUUUUAAUUUUUUACAAAAUAACUGCUUUGUAUUUCUUACAAAUCCGUGAUCAGUGUCGGAUCAAAUACAUUUAGUCUAAA